GCAGCCCCCGGCGCUCGGCGCGGUGGCAGCUCCAGACACGGGAACACCUUUUGUGCCCGCUUGGAACCCGCUGUGCCCGUGUUUGAGGAACGCAGCGCAAUGUUUGCCCCCGGAGUUGUUUGGCCGCUGGGGAAAUCGCGGCUCCUGCCCUUGUUGGCCCAUGGGAUCCGUGUUGAGGCUCUGAGCCGGAGCUGCAGCCCUGCCACAGGUGCAGCCUCGGCCCAGCCCCGAGGGAUUCUCCUGCUAAUGCGUUUCUCACACACCUCACAUCUGGGUUCAAAACCUUACUGCAAAAGCCCAUCGCACAGCUUUGCUGAAAGGUUAAAAUAUCUCCGUAGCAUUACCUGAGACUGAUGAUACCUUUUUUCUCUCUCUUUUUCUUUUUUUUUUCCUUUUUUUUCCUUAAAAAAAAAAAUAUUGCCUAAAGUAGUGGAAAUACUUGAAAUCUUCCUACUAAUAACAGGCCGUUUCAAUGUGGUCCUUAUUGCCUGACAUAAAGAGAAUUUCCUUUAUCACUGGCUGGCUUAAAGCUAUUGUAGUUCUCAUCUAUCAGUGUGAUUUUAUUUAUUUAUUUACUUUUGGUUUUGCGUUUCGUUCUGUUUGACCAGUGAUCCUUGGCUAGUCAAGCUUUUAUUUUUUUUUUUUUAUUUUAAUUUAUUGCUGUCUCUAGUCAGUGUCCCGUUUUGGUUUGGUUGUGUGAAGGUGGUGCUGGUGUUUGGUUGGUAAUCUCGUAGGGCAGCGUGCAGGGAGGGUCAUAAAUCUGCAGCAGGGUUUGGUGGCUUUUUUUUUUUUUUCCCUUCUUUUUUUUUUUGUGUGUGUGUGUGUGUCUCUCUUGUUUUACUUUCAGAGCAAUAACUUAACUUUUGUCCUUGCUCUGUUGAGCAAAAGUGAAAGUUAGAUGCUGGGUGCAAACUUCUGCAAUCAGUUAUCCUUUUUAACCUUUCAUAGCUGUAGAUUCCUCAUGCGGAGGAGGCUUGGUGAAAAAUCAGUCACCUCAAAAAAUAAACCCAGAGCGAUUGAAGCUUUCUUUUCUCCGAGUAAAACAACGUAAUUAUAACAGAAACAUUUGCUCCUGCAGUCACCUCCACAAAAAGGCAGUUAAUUAAAACCUGUUACUGCCCAGCCAGGGGCUUCAGCUGGGACCUCCCGUGCUCUCCAGGCUGGAUGGGGAGCAUGACACCCUCCUGUUAUUCCUGCAGAUGCUCACGGAAGACACUGAGGGAGAGGAGCAGGAGCGUUCUCGAUAGUCCUGUCUCGGCACCAUACCAGUCUAGAACCUUUGCUCUUGAAGAUGGUGAGUAGCCAGCCUAAGUACGAUCUAAUUCGGGAGGUUGGUCGUGGCAGUUAUGGUGUGGUGUACGAAGCGGUCGUCAGGAGGACCUGUGCCCGCGUGGCUGUGAAAAAGAUCCGGUGCCACGCUCCCGAGAACGUGGAACUGGCUCUGCGCGAGUUCUGGGCCCUUAGCAGUAUCAAGAGCCAGCACCCCAACGUCAUUCACCUGGAGGAGUGCAUCUUGCAGAAAGAUGGCAUGGUGCAGAAGAUGUCCCAUGGCUCCAGCUCCUCCCUGUAUUUACAGCUUGUAGAAACCUCAUUAAAAGGAGAAAUAGCCUUUGACCCCAAAAGUGCUUAUUACCUGUGGUUUGUGAUGGAUUUCUGUGACGGAGGAGACAUGAACGAGUACCUGCUGUCCCGCAAGCCCAACCGCAGGACCAACACCAGCUUCAUGCUGCAGCUCAGCAGCGCCCUGGCCUUCCUGCACAAAAACCAGAUCAUCCAUCGGGACCUCAAACCCGACAACAUCCUCAUCUCCCAGGGCAGGGCGGACGCCAGCGACCCCGAGCCCACCCUCAAAGUGGCGGAUUUUGGGCUCAGCAAGGUGUGCUCGGCCUCGGGGCAGAACCCCGAGGAGCCGGUCAACGUCAACAAGUGUUUCCUGUCCACCGCCUGCGGCACCGACUUCUACAUGGCCCCCGAGGUGUGGGAGGGCCACUACACGGCCAAGGCUGACAUCUUUGCCCUGGGCAUCAUCAUCUGGGCCAUGCUGGAGAGGAUCACCUUCAUCGACACCGAGACCAAGAAGGAGCUGCUGGGCAGUUACGUGAAGCAGGGCACGGCCAUCGUGCCCGUGGGCGAGGCGCUGCUGGAGAACCCCAAGAUGGAGCUGCUCAUCCCCGUGAAGAAGAAGUCCAUGAACGCUCGCAUGAAGCAGCUGAUCAAGGAGAUGCUGGCGGCCAACCCGCAGGACCGGCCAGAUGCCUUCGAGCUGGAGCUCAGACUGGUCAACAUCGCCUUCAAGGACAGCAGCUGGGACACGUGAGGGGCUCGGUGACAGCUGCAGGCAGAGCCCGAGCUCACCUGCAGGGGGAUUUUUCACCCAACUGGAGAUUCCCCACAGGAAUGCUGAGCUGGCCAACCGUGUGAAAUCCCAGAGUGAGACCUGAGGCUGUUCCUUGGUGUGCGCUGGCAGGGGGAUGUUGAGAGAGCCAACACUACUUGAUUUCCAGCACUCUGUCACGGAGUGCCUCACACAUUCCAGUUUCCUAUGUCAGUAUUAGGAACUCUCAUGGAAAAAAAAAAAAAAAAAGAUUUGCAUGCUGGCAGUGCAAAUCUUGAGGCUUUGUAAUGUAAUCUGUGUAUAUAUUUAUGUAUAUGAGUGACUGGGAGUGUGUGGCACUUAAAUUAUUUGCUGUGGGUCUGGAUGAUUGGGGUCUGCUAGAAAUCUGGGUGAAGAAGGUGAGUGAGAAAAGCUCCUUCUUCCCCAGGCCUGAAUGACUUUAUUAUUUAUUUUUGUUAUCUAAUUUCAAAGACUUGACUUUGUAAACAAAACAAAAAAAGCAAUGCAAGGGGAUCAGCUGCUUUCAAAGUGCUAACGUGGCUGAUCUUAGCACUUAGAGCUUAAUGAGCUCAUCACUGAGGGAGUCAAAUUAAAAAUGUACAGGCAGGUGCUGGCAGGGGGCCUGGAUCAUUGAUCAUUUGAUUUUGCUUUUUUUUUUUUUUUUUGAUCAAUUAAUCUGCCUUUUCUCAACAUGCUCUCUGCCCUGGUGUCCAUAAUCCCAUAGCACCUUGAGGAUUUAUCCCAGCAGAAUUCCAUGCCCUCACUUUAUGGAAACACAGAUGAGGGAAUCCAGCAGCAUAUUCUUGAAAUCCUUCAAAAUGUGGUGGCAGCACAGUUUUCCCACUGACUAAUAAUCCCAAUAGUCACUGGGCCUUUCCUCCCUGGCACUGCCCCAAAGGCAGUGGGGACAGAGGUGGCCCUGUCACACCUGGUGUCAGAGCUGGGAGAAAGCUCAGUGACAGCUCUGUCAAAGGUGGCAGCCUGGCUUGAUUUUCUUUAAUUUCUCCUCUUUUUAAAGAAGUGAUGCUUAUUUAAAAGCACAGAUGGGAGGAAGCGGGGGGGUUAUCCCCUGCUUAUCCCCAGCUCUGGCUGCAGAUUGAGGCUGGGAGAGGUUUCACUGAGGCCACCUGACACUGCAGAGCUGACAGCAGCUCUUUGGAGCAGCACAACAUUUUGUUCUUCUGGGUGCAGGACCCACCUUUUCCAUUCAGUUUGACCUUUUGGGAAAAAAGCAGAGUCUUGAAAUUGCCUUUUAAGCUACAGGAAAGGCCAGUUUUCUUUAAAAAAAAAAUUCAAUUUAAUUAUUUCCCCCACCCAAAUCUUGCCUGAAAAUGGCUUUAAGUAUUUCCUUGUAUAAUUUGCUUUUUGAAUACUGUUCCCUCUUAGUGCUGGGACAGCUGUUCUGGGCACUCAGUGUUUAAUUCUUUGAGUGCAAAUAAACAAAACACGAUUUUUGUUUUUCCAAAAGCAAAGGAUUCUGAUUCCACUCAACUUCUGAGGCUUUACAGGUGGUUCUUACCUGGUGCUGUGUGAGCUGGUGGCUGUUUCUUUUAAUUCUUGUUACUUUUCUUUCACUUCAUCAUUUUAGGGAGUGAUCCUCAGACAAACACACUUCGCUGGUGCCAACUCUGCCUCCCAGUUCUCACAUCUCAGCAGGGUGAGAAAAACUUGAAAAAAAGGGGGUUUACAAUUCACAUUAAACUCGGGAGCUUUUUAAAAAUGAGGGGGUGAGCGUUCCCCUCUCUCACCCACCCCAAAAUCACAAGCAGAGCAGCGCUGCUCCCCUCCGAGGUGCUCUGGGAACCCCCCGAGUCCCUCUGCAGGGUUCCACUGAGGGAAGUUUUGGGUUUUUUUUUUUUGACUCCCAAAGUGUUUCUUUGCACUGAUUGCCACUUUAUAGGUUGGGGGUACCUGAAAUCCCUCUCAUGGUGCUUAUCCUCGCUGUUGGGUGACACUGCUAGUCCUCGAGCUCUGUGUUCUCUUUGAUUUUUAUUUUAUUUUGUUGUCUGAGGUCUUUGUUUUGAGAAAACAAAUCAAGAUGUUGUAGCAGCUGCGGGGUCGUUCACCAGCGUGACACGAAGUCAAGACACUUCUCAGCACUUGGGAAAGAUUUUUUUUCCUUUUUUCCAUGUUUUUCUUUAAAAACUGUAAAAUAUAUUUUAUGGAGAAUUUAUAAUGAGGGAAAUUAUUGUGUAAUUUAUUAAGUUCAUGACUGUUUUUGAAAUAAAAUCUUGAAUUUCCAUG